AUGAGUCCACUUUUUGGCCAAAAAGUGGAAGUGUUUUCCCUGAUUUUGGUAAUGUUGUGUUUGUGGGAUGUGAACGGGCAGCUUAGCUCGACGUUUUAUGAUAAGAUGUGUCCCCAGGCACUGUCAACAGUCAAAGCUGCCGUGAAAGUAGCAGUCGCCAAGGAGAAACGAAUGGCUGCUUCAUUGCUACGCCUUCACUUUCACGACUGUUUCGUUAACGGGUGUGAUGGGUCGAUCUUAUUGGAUACCACAAGUGGAGAAAAAGGUGCAGGUCCUAACGCCAAUUCUGUAAGAGGAUUUGAGGUGAUAGACACCAUUAAGACUCAAGUGGAGGCUGUUUGCAGUGGAGUUGUGUCUUGUGCUGAUAUUCUCGCCAUUGCUGCUCGUGAUUCUGUAGUUGAAUUGGGAGGGCCAACAUGGACAAUAUUGUUAGGAAGAAGAGACUCCACCAUUGCGAGUCGAGAUGCUACCAAUUCCAAUCUUCCAGCCCCCUCUUCUACCCUAAGAGAACUCAUUACGAACUUUACUAGUAAAGGCCUUUCUACAAAGGAUAUGGUUGCACUUUCAGGUGCUCAUACAAUUGGUCAAGCACGGUGCACAACUUUUAGAGAUCGCAUAUACAAUGAUAGAAAUAUUGAUAAGGUAUUUGCCACCUCUCUUGAAGCCAAUUGCCCAAAUAGUAGUGGCAAAGGUGAUAACAAUAUUGCUCCCAUAGACACUCUUAGUCCAACUAUUUUUGAUAAUAACUACUACAAAGAUUUGAUAAGCAAGAAAGGAGUUUUCCACUCAGAUCAGGAGCUAUUCAAUGGAGCAUCUACUGAUUCUCAAGUGACUACCUAUUCCACCAAUCAAAACACCUUUUUUAAUGAUUUUGUUACUGCCAUGGUGAAAAUGGGAAACAUCAAACCCCUAAUUGGCACCCGUGGACAAGUGCAAAAAAAUUGCAGAAAACCCAAUUAA